AAGAUGACUUUCUACGAUGACAUUUACCCAUUCUACCCUCUACAAAGGACCUCUUUCAUCUUCAACGGCAGCUUGCUCACCAUUAUUCUGGUCUUCCUUGUGCUAGCAGCCGGACUUCUUCUCAUUCUGCCAGGGAUACGCGGGAAGUCGAGGCUGUUCUGGCUGUUCAGAAUUAUUAUCAGCUUGUUCAUAGGCGUGGUGAUAGUGGCGCUCAACUUUACCAGCGACUGGGCUGAGGCCAGAAUGACCACUAAUGCCACCUACAAGUCUUUCAGCAACGCAGUGGUUAACGCUGACAUCGGCUUGCAUGUGGGGCUGUACGGCAUUAAUGUGACACUGAAGGGGAAUCCUGUUGUGCAAUUCAAUGAGACUAUUGACUACAAUGAGAUGUUCAGCUGGCACGACACUAUUGAAGACGAGUAUGAGGAAGCUCUGGAGAAAGGUCUACCCAACCCCAUCCUGUACAUCGCUGAGAAAUUCACCCUGCACAGCCCGUGUGGACUCAUCUUUCAGUACAGAUACUCUGGACGAUACGCCUCUGCAACCCUCUGGACUGCGUUUUGCUGCUGGAUGGUCGCCAAUAUCCUCUUCUCCAUGCCGGUCAUUCUGUACGCUGGCUACAUGAUGAUGGCCACUGCUGCCUUCAUCUUCUUCUCCAUGGCCUCCUUCUCCACCAUCAUGAACGUGCCACAGUGUGUUUUCUCCAUCGGGACCGACUCCUUUGAAACAGGCUACAGCCAUUCAUUCUGGCUGGCUCUGGCUACAGGUGUGCUGUGCACCAUCAUCGGGAUUCUGGUGGUGAUGUUGAACUACUUUAUACCAGAGAAGAUGAAAGAGGCUUUCAGUGUCGGCGUUGACAGUUAUGAAGACGAGGAUGUUUCUUACGGGAAGGGAUACCUGAACUCAGUUUUUCUUGAUGGAGUGACAGUUUCACCACUGACAUCAAAAGUCACGACGGAGCAUGUAUGAAGCCGUCCUGGUUUCCCUCAGGGAGCUUUUCCAGCCAAUACUUGAAGAUAUUUUUGGUGAAUGUGUUACAGAUGGAGUGUCUAAUAUCACACCUGUUUUAAUUAUCUAUGUGAGCCUGUUAAGUAG